UAGUGUUUAUAUUAUCUAGGUAUCGUAGAAUGGUCAAUUCAGCUCGUCGUCGUAAGCGUAGGACGCACGUCAAGGAGGUUGAAGAUGUGGAUUCUCCGCGGGUUGUUGUCAUUCGUCGAGGCAGUUUACGUCCAGAGUUGAAGCAACUUGUUCAGGACUUGCGUAUGUUAUUCUCUCCUAAUUGUGCAAGUCGUUUACGUGAGGGUGGCCAUCAGCGUAUGAAGGACUUCACUGGAGUGAGUGAUGCCCUUGGUCUGACCCAUAUAGUUUCCGUGAGUGAAACUGCCCGUGGGUGUUACCUUCGUGUUGCUAAUUUGCCUAAAGGGCCAACCUUGAUCUUUUCGAUAGAGUUGUUAACUCUUGUAUCCGAUAUCGCAAAACAAAGUUCAAAUCCAAAAUCCGUGAGCGGUGCAUGUCAACAUUCACCAUUGGUAGUUCUUAAUGGUUUUAUGAGCUCCGUUGGUAGUUCUUACGACGGCCCUAGUGAGGAGUACAGUACUGCCAUGAAGACGGUGUCUAGUACCUUCAAUAGUUUGUUCAGCCCUAUAGAUGUAUCUACCACUACUAUGAAUAGCUGCAAGCGUGUUGUGUUAUUCAACAAAAACCGGGGUUCAGACGUGAUUGUACUUCGCCAUUAUUUAAUUAACGUAGUUGACUGCAAUACUUCAAGUGCAGUACAGGAUCUAAUUGGCAAGCGUGCGAUGAAGCGUUUACUGCGUGAUAAGAAUGCUAGUUUUAAGGACAUUGUGAAACCUGGAGCUCUGCAUUCUGCGGGUAGUAACGUUGACGACGACUACGUGGAGUUGCAGAGCGUAGAUUCCCGCGGCCAGCUUUUGCGUAGCAAGUACGGCUUGAACAAGCCAAUAGACCUUGAGGAUGUUGAGGAGUCUGACCAGAAAAUCGGUAUAAGUCUGGUUGAUGCCGGUCCUCGUAUGAACCUUCGUUUGAUCAAGAUUCAGGACGGUGUAUUCACAGGUUCGGUAACAUUCCACAAGUUUGUUACCAAGACCCCUGAGGAGGCAGCGCAACUUGAGAAGGUCUUUGCUGAGAAGCGUCGUCAACAAUCUGCUGAGGAGGAGCGAAAACGCAGGAAGGCUGAGGACGAUAGUUCCUCCACUUCCUCAGGGGAGGAGUAAUAUUACGCCUCCAUAUUUCUAUGG